ACGGGAUGUGAGAGGACCCGUGACGUAUCUUUACGUCGCCUUUACUUUACAACUUUUCGUUGUGCAUAUUUUGGUGUUCGAGUAACGAUAUACACAUUACACACUCCAUGUGCGAGUUAAAGUGCAUUUAUUAUUUUACUUCUGAGUGACGUCUUAUAUACUCGUAAUAUGUGUGUGUAGUGUCACGUUUUGAACUUAUAAACUGGCAGCUAAUAGCGACAAGAUGAGGCUUAUAAGCCGCAGAGAGCUUUUGUAACGAGUGGUGUAGAGUGGAGAAGUUUAGUGUGUGGUGUAUUGUGGUGUAGAGUGGGGAGUGUAGUGUGGCGAAACUAGGUGUGGGAUGUGAUGUGAUGGUGUCUCAAAGGGGGGUGCACGAUGGCGGACGACAAUACGAUCAUCGAGGGCACCGUCAAGUUUCGCGAUGGGAAAAAGUGGAAAUCCCGCUGGUGCGUAAUGCGGAAACUGUCUCCAGUCGCAGACUGCGUACACCUGUUGCUGUACCGCGACGCUCGCGCACUGUGGGGUGGCGCUGCCAGCAAAGCGGCACUGUCGCUGCAGCGUUACGUAGGCUGCGAGACUGGCUUCACCCUCGACAAACAUUCCCAUACGCUGGCACUGCUCUGUGCCGACUUUACGGCUGUGCUGGCCUUCGAGACUCGCGAGCGCCUUAUGCAGUGGCAGGUGAAACUGGCGGCGCAUUUAGGCGACCCGCGCAACUACCUAGUUCUGCUGGGUAGUGGUAAACCGGGGCCCGCUCGACUGCACCUCCAUCGUCGCAGUUGUGCUCUUUCAGUCGGUGUACCACCUCGUUUACUCGGCGUCUGGAACAUCGCACACCUUAGGCGCUAUGGUGUCGUUGAUGGAAGAUUCUGUUUCGAAGGCGGUUCCCACUGUGGCAAGGGGGAGGGGCUACACGUCCUAAUCUCGGACCAUUCGGCAGACAUUUUGAGAGACUUUGAUCUUGCUUCUAGGGGACAGCUCUCACCCAAACGGAGAGCAAGUUCAUCGAAAAAAAAUGACGGUUUUGAAAGCCCGAAGUCUCAAAAAGCUUUUAGAAUGAAUGCCCGGGUCGAGUUAAAUACAAUAGACAGAUCACUUCCUCCGACCGACUUACGAUUGUAUGAAGAUCCGUGUAGCGGUGAAGAGCCUGGAACUAUAUCUCCAUACUGGCCAUUCACUGAAAGGCACUUUGAUGACAUGGGGCUAGGAGACACAUCCUCGGUCAACGAUAUGACGGACGGUAACGAUCCCGCUCCUUGGAGUGCCAACGGACAUGUAAUGUUGGAGAGAUGUAUGAGCUGUAUUUCAAAACUCGGCGCUCUUUCAAGAUCUUCAACUGCUGCAUUGACUCCUGGCGCAAAACACUUUAAUCCCGCUUGGACGAUGGAAGAAAUAGAUGAAUCAAACAAAAAAGACGUUCCGUGUGAGAGGGUUAGGGCUCUAGAAUCCUUAGUGAAUCCUCAAGAUGAAAAUAUAUGUCGUUGUGGAGUGGAACAGAUUCCAGACCGACCUCCAAAACCCACGAAACUAGACUUAAAAUUGACACGAAAACCACCGAUGCCACUGCCCGUCAGAUCUUUUAGUCACGCACAAUUAUCAUCAAUUCAAGAGAACUCUUUAUCUAGUAUAGGACCAUAUGAAAAUUAUGAUGUCCCAAAAAUACAUUCAGCAGAGGUCGAAGGUGAAUAUUAUGAUACACCUAAAAGGCUUAAAGAAUGUUUAAAUAACGAGUUAUUUAAAAUGACAAAAAGUUCUACAAUGAAUACAAUAGUAAUGAAAAAGUCAUGCGGCUGUUUACUUAAAUUUGGAAAAAAAACAAAACAACCAACUGUGAUAGACUCAGACGAAACGUUUCAACAGUCGAGCUGCCCCUGUCAAAAAGUUACAGAUUGGGCCAACAACUGGAUUAAGCUACCCUACUGCAACAAGACUCCCAAGAACCCAGGAAACUUAGUAUCUUUCAAAGAAACAGUAAAACCUACCAUUAUUGACAAAAAUGCAUUGUACGCCACGAUAGAUCUCUCUCAAAAGACAAGAAGAAAAUCGCUUCAACAUGAAUAUUGUAUCCCAAAUAACAUCGAAAAAUCCAAGAGUUUUGAAUAUACUGAAAUCGACGAUGGGCCACUUGCUAACUAUGAGAAUUUGAAUUUUGCUCUAUCUUUAGAACAUUACGAAAACGCUAAAGAACUUCUAAAGAAAGCCGGUGUGACUCAACGUGAACUUGACGCAAUGAGCGCUAAUCUUAAUCGAACAGGCACCGUUAGACCCAAAGAACGAACUAACGAAGAUGAAAUUAUGUGUACGAAGUGCGGAAAUCCUCAAGAAAAAGAGAAACGUAACAAAGGGACUUCGCACGAUGAAUAUUUGAUGAUGGAGCCUAAUACUACUGACAGUAACCAGUUCGAUCAUGAAAAACCAUUGCCAUCCGGGUACACCCCGAUGUCGCCCAUAAGUGGUUUUACUUUUCACACUUUAAAGCAUCCUGCAAAGAACCCAAUCAGUCGAUUGCUGGAUGAAAAGUCCGCUAGUAACCCCACUCUCUGUGGUUCAGAGGAGACCAGGGCCCCGACUGAAGAUAGCGAACGAGUACAGCUUAGAGCGGUCAAAGAGCGUACCGAUUCCCGCAAGCGCUCCAGUUCCGCAGACUCCUCUCGUUUCCUUGAGGACGUUAAAGAGUUCGAGGGUAGCCGCGGGUCAACUUCUUCCAUUGAAACGCUGCGGGACAUCGGUGCAGGUGUUACACCCUGUGAAUGCGCCGCAAAGCACUCGGAUGCGGAUAGUUCGGAGGCUUCCAAGACUAAGGGUACGGUGAUUCCAUCUGGUAGCAACAGGGAUUCGUCUAGCUCCAACGAUUCCGGGGUCUCAUCGUGGUCGCUCCGCGGUGAUGCCUGUACGGCGGGUGAUUUUGAACUUCCAGCAACAACGGCGGCAGCACGACGUCGGUACCGCUCGGCCCGGAGAGCGCACGCUCCACCCCACACGGCCCCUCGCCGCUCGCGCUCCAGCAGCGGGGUGCGCAACUCACCGCCACCCUCGCACAAAUGCUGUUCCGCAGAGGCCGAAGUGCCUGUUCUUACUAAUAAGCCACUAAGAGGCGUAGCGGUGACAGACAGCCGCAGUACGUCCAGCGGCACCUCAGACAUGUCAGACUACAUCGAAACCCUCUCAAUUUGCUCUUCCCACUCGUCUUCCGACACGCCCAUUACCAUGAGGGUCGUCCGGCAUACAACAAGUACGCUGCGGCCGCGUUCGGGCAAGGAGUAUAGCCCGCUGGCUGCGGGCUUGAGGGCCGCCAACCAACCCUACCGACACUUACCCUGAAACAUUCGCAACAGUCUUUCUAUUCUUGUUCAAAAUUUUUCAAGAACCUUAAUUUAAUCGCUAUGCGCUUACAAACGUAAUCUAUCGAAAAAAUUGUAAUUGCAAGGAACAAAGCAUUAAAAAAACGAUUUUGGUUCGAGAUACUUGUAAAUACUAGUUUAAGCUUAAGCUGAUACUUAAUUUAAACUUUGAUUUUUUUCUUUGGUUUUAUACGUACACAAAUCUAAAAUGUAUUUCACGUCAUGCCAUUUUAACUCUACAUAGUACUAUAUUAUUAUUGAUGCCAUAAAACUUUCUAGUCAUAUUAAUAUAUUUUAAAUUCAAUUAUAUUGAAUGAGAUUAUAUAAUUGAAUAUAUUAUAAAACAACCUUCAUUUCUGGGGAAUAUUCCUUUUGUUUAUUAUUUUGGUAGAGAAGGUCCGUCCACUCUCGGUUUGCUGUCUCCGCUAGGACUCAAUUAUAUCGUAUUAUCAUGUAAUUAAUAUAUCAAAUAACACGAUAACCUAAUACCAUGUAAUAUUUCAUUAUCAUUCAGCCGCGGUGCACGCGCCGCUAAUCAGCUCGAACAUACAUACUCGUAAUCUGAACUUAACUAAUCUAGUAUAUUAUCGGCUACGACACGACGAUCUGUUACAUAGGAUAAGGAUAAGAAACUUUUUUUAUUGUAUAAACUUAUAUAAACUUGUACUCUAACUUUUAUCAAAGUCGAAAACGUUUUAUAAAUUAUUGUUAAUAAAGAGAACUAAACGAAUUAUAGAACAGGUACUGUUUACAUAACUAUCCAGUCGUCGGAUCGAUUUCACCAAUUUCCAAUAAUUAUCUUACAUGGAUUGCUUUCUAGUCAUUUGUAAAGUAUUAUACGUACAUACAUAUUUUUAAAAUGAACGGGUCGCACAUUGCAGAGCGGGCGGCCAGAGAGAGAAGGCACCCGCAAUGUAACGGUGUACCGUGUUUACUGUACGCUCGCCGGUAGGCAACUGUUUACAACGAUGCUCGUCUCUUGUUAUAAUGAAAUUUUGAUAUUAAGAGUUUAUUUAUUGUAAGUUAAUUUAUUGUGAAUAAUGCAUUUUCAAGUCUGAAUGUAUGUGUAGUUGAAGUCGAGUCUCGCCUCGCUCUGCGGCCGCCCUCGCGUCAGUACCUAACGAUUCGGCGGCGGAGCGUACGUUCUGUCGUUUAAUCGUGUGAUUCUGAUGAAAAGGUGGGCGCGUUGACUUCGCGGCUCGAUGCAGUUCUUUUUAAGCUACCUUGUUAAGGUUUACAAAUCGUGCGACAAUUAUAAAGUCUCGACUGCAACGAGCCCGGAGUCAGUGUAACUAUAGCAAUAAGCGGUGCAACAAAAGGUAAUCGCGUGUAUAGUAUACAAUGCCGUAAAAUAACUACUAUCAAUGAAUAGUGAUACCGUCGAAUAACAUUACGCGGCGGUUGUUUAGAUUUACGCUAGAAUGAAUUUAUAACUAAAUAAUGUUAACUCGAAUUUCUGAAUAAAAAAAUGAACUGAA